AUGAGCACAAGCGGUGGCGCUGAAGAUGAAAACGCGAAAGUCAUCGAGACGUGCCUCACCGAGCUUUCGGCCGCCGAUUUUGAUGUGGUGCGGAUGGCGUUGUCAGAUGGAAUCUCGUCGGCAAUGGAAGAUUAUUCAGAAAACAUCAAAUCAGAGUUGACGAAAGCGCACCGAACCGUCGUUCAGGAGUGCAUCGAAAAUGCGGACAAAUUGACGAGCCUCCAUUCAGCCAUAAUUCAUUGCGAUCAAAUCUUUGAGAAUUUGGAACAAGUACUACGAGGUUUUCAACGGGAUCUCGGCUCAAUUAGCGAGGACAUGAAAAAUCUUCAGAAACAAUCUGCUUCGAUCAAUUGCGAAUUAGACAAUCGACAAAAAGUGCGCGGCGAGUUGAGCCAAUUUGUCGAUGACAUCGUGGUUUCCCAACAGAUGAUAAAAGUCAUUGUCGAUUUUGAUGCUAGCGACCGGACGUUUCUAGAACAUCUUCACGAGUUGCAUCGGAAAAUCCAAUUUGUCAAGUCACAAGAAAACAAGGAAGCUCGGGCGAUUGAGGAUGUUGAACCAAUUUUGGAAGGACUCAAAAUAAAGGCUUUGGAAAAGUGUCGCGAAUGGAUCAUCAUCAAAAUCGGACAAUUUAGAAAGCCGCUAUCAAAUUAUCAAGUACCACAACAUCAAAUGCUAAAAUCUCGGUUCUUUUACGAGUUCUUGAUUCAUCACGAUGCAGUUGUGGCGGCUGAAGUUCAGGAUGAAUACGUCGAUACGGUUGGCAAGAUGUUCUUCUCCUACUUCAAAGUGUACUCAUCACGGCUUUUUAAGCUAAUGAUGGGCGAUAUUGCGACAAAAGAUGAUCUACUCGGAGCCGAAGAUGUCACCAAAUCUUCAACUAUUGGAAGCCUUUUUGGAGCAAAGCCACAGGUUAGAAAUCGCGCCACCGUCUUUUCAUUGGGUCAACGUCAAAAUUUGCUCACCGACGACUUCUUGGCACCGUUGAUUAUUCCACAUGCAGCUAAAGAGGCUAACGAAAAGUUCCAAUUUGAAUCACUCUUUCGCUCCAUUCACUUUGCGCUUGUCGAUCACUGUAGCCACGAAUUUCUCUUUCUCACCGAUUUCUUCCUUGUCUCUGGGCCAAUAGCAGUGGAAUUACACAAACGGGUGAUGAGCCGAGCGCUGACGCAACUUUUGCGAUCUUGGGACGAAAAGAUUUCAAUCAACUACGACGCGAUAUCGCUCUACUUGUGUAUCUGCCUCACUGGAAAGUUUAAGCAACUUCUUGUGGAUCGUGGAAUUCCGAAUAUUAGCUGGUACUGGGAAGAAAUUUCAAAUCGCUUGUGGCAGCGGUUCGAUCAGGUGAUGAAUCUGCACAAUGACAGUGUGAAGACGUUAGAUGUUCGAAAAAUGCAACCACCACCGGAUACACGGCCCAAUUAUAUUGUUCGCAGAUAUGCGGAGUUGACGUGUGCGCUACUUGUUAUUACAGAACUUGGUGGACCCGAGGCUAGCAAGAAGUUUGACAGCAUUUUGGAAUCAAACGAAGACGCGGUCGAGCAACUGAUUGGACGAAUGGCCAACAUCAACAAGAGCCCACGAGAUCGAUUUGUUUGCUUCAUCAACAACUACGAUUUGAUACUGGGAAUCCUUGAUGAACGUGUCGCGAUUGAUACACGAAUUCGAACGAUCAUCCAUGAACUCGACCAAAAGGCGAUUAAUGAGUUUGUUGAGAUAAGCCUCGCUCCAUAUUUCUCCGAUUUGAUUUCAUUCGUCAAUGACUGCGAACCACUGAUUGAACAACAAGCUUCCCAACUAUUGGUUAGAUACAAUGAAAAGCUAACACUGAUCAUCAAACACUUUGUGCAAACGUGGAAAAAGUCGAUAGAUGCUAUAAACGGGGACAUCGUCAAGUCGUUCACCAACUUCAAAAACGGGACUACAAUUUUGCAGGCUGCCUUCACACAACUUAUCUCGGUAUAUCAACGCUUUGUCAAGGUGACAUCACAUGACGCCUUCCGCAACUUGCCUGCAAAGAAUGAAAUCGUCAAUAUUCAUCACAUCAUGAUUGAGCUCAAGAAGUACAAACCGGUAUUC